AUGCACAGAGCUUCGGCGAGCGCACGCACACGCCCCGCGCUGCGGCGUCUCUCAACUGCACCCCUGUCUGGCAGCUCUCCGUCGAGGUCUCGUCCCCUGCUGGCGCGCUCGGAAGUCGCGGGGCCGACACACACGCCGCUGGUCGAGAAGACGUUGCCGGUGUACUUCCGGGACGACGUUCUGCGCGUGCACGGCUCGCGCCCCGCCCUGAUCGCGCGGAAGGAGCAGCCCCGGCCGUUCGGGGGCCCGCGCGGGCGGAACCUCGGGGACGCGUCGCACCUCGCAUGGGACUUUGGGGAGUUCGAUCGGCACAUACAGGCCCUUGCGCGGGGCCUGUUGAGCAUGGGCGUGAAGAAGGGAGAUCGGGUGGGGGUGAUCAUGGGGAACAACAGUGCGUAUGCGUGUUUGCAGUGGGCGUGUGCGAGCAUAGGUGCCAUACUUGUUACGCUGAACCCGGCCUAUCGGCUGCCUGAGCUGGUGAACACCCUGAGCCUGGUCGGCGCGUCCCACCUCUUCGUCGUCCCGAGCGUCCGCACGUCCGCGUACGUCCGCAUGCUCCGCGACGCGUUCCCCGCGCUCGCGAACUCGCACCCGGGGGACAUCCAGGAGCCCGCGCUGCCCGCGCUGAAGAGCCUCGUCGUCGUCGACAACACGGGGGACAUCGCCCGGUUCCGGCAGGAGAUCGACGGGGUCCGGCCGGCGGUCGACCUCCGCGAGGUGCUCGUCUGGCGGGAGGACGGGGCGGAGCGGAGGGCGGUCGAGGAGCUCACGGCGGGCCUGGACAGGGAGGACGUCACAAACAUGCAGUUCACCAGCGGGACGACCGGGGCGCCCAAGGCGGUCGCUCUGACACACCGGAACCUGCUGAACAAUGGCAUCGACAUCGGUCGUUGUAUGCGUCUGACGGAGAAGGACGUCGUUUGCAACGCCCCGCCGCUGUUCCAUUGCUUUGGCCUUGUCCUAGGGAACCUCGCGGCGUGGACUCACGGGGCAUGCAUUGUAUACCCCUCCGAGACAUAUGACCCACCAUCGAUCGUCGACGCCGUCACCGAGGAACGCUGCACUGCGCUGCAUGGCGUCCCGACCCACUUCCUCGGGGUCCUGACGGAGGUGCAGAGGAGGCUAGACGAGGGCAAGACGGUCGACGUUCGGAACCUCCGGACGGGCAUCGCGGCAGGAUCUCCGGUGCCGACAGACCUAAUGAAGCAGCUCAUCGAGAAGCUGAACCUGACGGAGCUGACUGUCGCGUACGGCAUGACGGAGACGAGCCCGGUGACGUUCCAGAGCACGACGGACGACCCAGUGAUUAAGCGCAUCGAGACCGUGGGCAGGGUCAUGCCGCACGUGCGGGCGAAGCUCGUCGAUCCCGACGGGCAGGUCGUGCCCGUCGGCAAGCCCGGGGAGCUGCUCACCGCCGGGUACCCGCUGCAGAAGGGGUACUGGAACGACCAGGAGCAGACGGACCGCGUCAUGAAGCGGGACGCUGAGGGCACCCUGUGGAUGCACACGGGCGACGAGGGGAUCAUGGACGAGGAGGGCUAUCUCCGCAUCGUUGGCAGGAUCAAGGACAUCAUCAUUCGAGGGGGCGAAAACCUCUUCCCGGUACAGAUCGAGAACGUGCUCACGGCACAUCCGGAGAUUCGUGAAGCUGCGGUGGUCGCGGUGCCUGACGCGAAAUACGGCGAGGUCGUCGGAGCGUGGAUCGUCAGGGAGGGGAGCUCGGGCAUCUCGAAGGAGCAGGUGAGGCGCGUCGUCGCGGAGGGCAUGAACCCGCAGAAUGCGCCGGCGUGGGUAUGGUUCGUGGGCGAAGACGGAACGCCCGAGGAGCUGCCGAAGACGGCGAGCGGGAAGGUGCAGAAGCACAUCCUGCGGGGCUGGUCGAAGGAGCUGGCGGGGAAGGGCAUUGGCGCGGUCGGGCGGGCCUCGUCGUGAGGUCGGUAGCAGCUGUCGCGAAGCGUACGUGGAUCUAUCCCGCUUGGCUUGGAGAGGA